ACCCGCAGGCUGAAUCUGCACAUGAAUCGCAUCCGCGAUCUUGGAGGCAUUUCUCAGUUUCCAUUUCUGGAGGAGCUGAUCCUCUCUGGGAACUGCAUCAGACAUGUGAGGCCUGAGGAUUUCAUGGGAGUGGCAGACCACCUGAAGCUCCUGGACUUGUCCUGCAACGAGCUUCAGGGCCUUGAGUCUUUCAAGGGCCUUUAUGCGUUGGAGCAGCUGCACCUUGCCUACAACCGCAUCGAGUCCCUUGAAGGCAUGAUGAAUUUUUGGGGCCGCCGUCACCAGCUGAAUCGCUUGGAUUUGAGGUGCAAUCGAAUCGAUCAAGUCUCCCAGCUGCUCUUCCUGGGUGGUUGUACUGCACUGCAGCAAGUGGCAUUCCAGGAAAAGGCAAGUGACAACGGGAACAGCAUUUGUGACGACCCCAUUUACCGCACUUGCGUCUUCAGAGUGUUGCCUUGGCUCAGACUGUUGGAUGAUGUUCCCCAGGACGUGGCAGUUCCAGUGAGGGACAAUGCCUCCCUGGAGAACAUGCGAUCUCAGCUUGCCGAGGCAACUCAAGAUCUCCAAGCUGCCCAAGAAGAAGCAAAGGUGGCCGCCGAGGAAGCUCAAAGAGCAAAGAAGCAAGCUACAGAAGCAACUCUUGAGAGAGAUCUAGCUGCCAAGGAAGCAGAGUCGCAACGAGAAACUCGUCUCCGUAUGGAUCUGGAAGAGAUUGUGGUGGCUGUGCAGAAGCACGAAGAUCGAUUUGCACAGCAGGUGGCACAAUUAUCCGCAGCCGAUGAAGAACUCCCGGCAGCUGAACGCGUCCAUGAAGAAGAAGCAACGGCCUGGAGCAAGGAGGAACGACGCUGCCUUGAGCUCUCCAACAGUGCGAAACACGAAGCUUCCUUGGCCGCUCGCUGGAAAAGUGAAAAGCUGGAGGCGGAGCAGAUGCUUUUGCGGUGGGCCUCCGGAUGCAAAUAUUCACUUCCGGAUGUGCAGACUCUGAGAGGAGAUCUCCAGCGAACCUCUGCGCAGUUGCAAGAAGUGAGAUCCAGCCUCAAGUGCUUUGAUGAUGAAGAAUUGCAACGCUUGGGAAAAUCAGUCGAGCAGGAAGAGAACUCAAUUGUGGAAUGCGAAAAGAAAAUUUGCGAGCAGGAACAAUUAGCCAGGUGCUGGAACUUGGAAACCGCUGCGGCUGCAGGUCGCUUGGCGGCUCUGCGAGGAAGCGAAGUGCAGCAAGCCCGAGCAGGUGCAGAAGAGAUGGAAGCCGAGGAGGUGAUGCUCCGAAGCCACCAAGAGAGCUUGUCCCAGUGCCUUGCCGAAGAAGCAGCACUUCAGGCAGAGAGCAGUCUCAGGCCGCUUCCUGGACCAGGUGCUGGAGGAGGAGCACUUGAAGUGUCGUCCUUGCUGCGAGCUCGUGACCAUCGAGUGUCUGAGAUGCAGGAGAUGCAGAUCGCAGCUCCUGAUGCCGAAGCUGUCAGCAUCUUAGAGGAGAAGCUGCAGUCUGCGCUGGACCAGGCCCGGCAGGGACUUGAGCAAAGUCGCUGCCGCUGGCGGUCAAAUCAGUCGGACCUGGCUCAGAAGGCGAAGGCCUUGGAGCUCGCCCAGAAGCAGGAGGAUUUAGACAAACUUGUGCUUGGUGAGAUGAACCUCCAGCUUCAACGCCGAAAAGAUGCGGAAAAGGACACUUUUCUUAAGGUCAGCCAGAGAUUGUCAGAUACCACCUCCAUUGAAGUUCAGGUGCAUGAGGUGCAGGAGAGCUUUAAAGAUAUCCAGAAGAAGAUUCAGGAAUUGGAAGAUCUACGUGGCUCAUGCGCCCGGCAAGUGGACUACAAGUGUUGUGUGCAGGCAGUCCAAGCAGCAGAAGCUGAACUGGCCAAGCUAGGUGAGGAGAAGUCGCAGAGAUCCUGUCAGCUCGAAGGUCUUCAAUCUGCUUUGGAGAAGCGCCGUGAGGAACUUCGCACUUUGGUAGUGCAGCUUCAAGAAACUCAAGCUGAUGGAGAAACGGAGGAAAGAAAGCUGAAAGUCAAGACUCAAAUGAUUGCAGAUGCAAGAAAGCAAGUUGGAGAUCUGAGAAGAUCAAUAGCAGAGGCAGACGAGUUCAAGCGAGAGAAUGAUGUCGCAUGGAGAGAUCGACUUGCAGAGGCAACUGCCAGUGCAGAGGACUACUUUCAGCGAAGUGACGAGCUGCACGAAUUGAGUGUGCAGCAGGAAGAAGAAGUGGCUAAGCUGUCCAGAGCGGUCAAGGCCAAAGGAGAAAGGAACAACAUUGUUCAGCUCCAGCUGGACCACGUGCAGUUAUUGACUGAAGAACAGAAGAGUCGCCUGGAAGAGAAGGUUGAAGCUACGCAGGCGGAAGGUGCUCAGAUUUUGAAUGAGGCACGUUGGGCAUCAGCGGAGAUGGAGGAACGGUUUCGGUUGCAACGUGCCGAACAACUCCAAGAAGAACGACGCCAAAGGUGUCGCUUAGUGAUGCUGCAGCAACAGCUGCAAGUGGCUCCAAGCGGCCUUGAAAAGCUGCGGCGCCAUCUGGCAGAGGAGCGCUCUAGUUCCAAAGAGCGGCUAAGAAGGUUACUUGCCACGUUUGAUGGGCCACGACUGGCAAGAAGUUCGGCAACCUGA